AUGACUGAUGUUUGUGCCUUUAAAAAAAGAAAGCUCUCAUCCUCCGUUGAAACUGGUGUUGUUGAAGCAAAUUCAUCAUCAACAAUAAUCAAUGAUAAUGUUGAAAAAGGCGAUUUCUCUCCGACAAGUUUCAACGGACCAUUUGCUGAAGAUAUUAUUUUUGAAAUUCUUCAUUUCCUUGAAUCGUUGUUUAUCAUUCAAAUUGGUAUGAAAAUUUCAAAACAAUGGAGACAAGUAUCAUUUCAAAUUCCUCUCUCAUUAUCAUUCAUACCAAAUCACUUCAAACAAACUCGUGAAUCAAUCAAACUGUUAGCUGAUUGUGAAUGCUUGAAAAAUUUAAGUUCUUUGAAUCUACAUGGCAAUGAAAUUGGUAAUGAAGGUGUUAGCUAUAUUUCUGCAAGCGAGUACUUAAAGAAUUUGGUUUCUUUGGAUCUAGGAUGGAAUAGAAUUGGUAUUGAAGGUGUUAAAUAUAUAUCUACAAGUGAAUCAUUGAAAAAUUUGACUUCUUUGGAUAUGAGACACAAUAGAAUUGACAGUGAAGGUGUCAAAUAUAUUUCUACUUGUGAAUCAUUGAAGAAUUUAGUUUCUUUGGUUCUGGGAUGGAAUGACAUUGGCAGUGAAGGUGUUAAAUAUAUUGCCACAAGUGAAUCAUUGAAGAAGUUGACUUAUUUGAAUCUGGGAUGGAAUAACAUUGGCAGUGAAGGUGUUGAAUAUAUUGCCACAAGUGAAUCAUUGAAGAAUUUGACUUCUUUGAAUCUAAUAUACAAUGAAAUUGGUAGUGGUAUCAAAUAUAUUGCCUCAAGUGAAUCCUUGAGGAAUUUGAUUUCUUUGAAUCUGGAUGGUAAUGAUGUUGGCAAUGAAGGUGUCAAAUAUAUUGCCACAAGUGAAUCCUUAAAGAGUUUGACUUCUUUGAAUCUGCGUAGCAAUGAAGUUGGCAAUGAAGGUGUCAAAUAUAUUAGCACAAGCAAGUCGUUGAAGAAUUUGACUUCUUUGAACCUGUCUGAGAAUAUAAUUGACAGUGAAGGCGUCAAAUAUAUUGCCACAAGUGAAUCUUUGAAGAAUUUGACUUCUUUGAAUCUGCGUGGCAAUGAAAUUGGCAAUGAAGGUGUUAAAUAUAUUGCCACAAGCGAGUGGUUGAAGAAAUUGAAAAAACCUGUAAGAUUUUGA